AUGAAUGAUCACAUCAGUAGUUUCAUAUUCUUUAAGGAUGUUGUAAAAUGGAAUGAAUGUGAAUUGAGCUUUAAUUCACCAAUAGAUCAGAUGGAUAAAGGACUAGAGAGUCAGAAAACGAAGAGCAUUGGAGCCCACUGGUGCUAUCAGUCACAGAAGUGUGCACAGCCAUACUGCGAAGCUCCUCAAGAAUGGUUUCUAAUAGAUGUCACCUGCAAAGGGAACAAACAGUCACCUGUCAAUAUUGUCACCAAAAAUGUCAUCUAUGACAAAAACCUUAAGCCACUGAAUUUUGAAGGGUAUGAUGUGAAGGGGUCUUCAAAAUGGACCAUAGCAAACAAUGGACAUACAGUUAAAGUAACAUUAAGCACAUCCCCUAAAAUUGGAGGUGGAGGGCUGGGAAGAAAAUACAAGGCGAUAGAAUUUCAUUUGCACUGGGGAGCUCGCAGUGUGCAGCGAUACCUUCCUGGGUCAGAGCACAGCAUAGAUGGAGAAAAACAAGCCAUGGAGCUUCAUAUUGUCCACAUAAGAGAAGAUGUUGCAGAUGUAACAGAAGCAAAGAAAACCAAGGAUGGUGUGGCUGUGUUGGCAUUCUUUGUAAAGGUGGAAGAAGAAAAUAAAAACUAUGACUCUCUAGUAAAUGAAUUAGAGAAUAUUAAAUACAAAGGGCAAACAGCACAGAUGGACCCUUUGCCACUGAGUUCUCUUCUCCCACCUGAGAAAGACCUUGGAAGGUACUAUCGGUAUGAGGGCUCCCUCACCACUCCUGACUGCUAUGAGGGUGUCAUCUGGACAAUAUUUGAGAAGCCAAUUGAACUCAGUUUCUCUCAGAUUUCUCAGUUUUCAACACUCCACUUUGAUGGGACGAACUCAACUUACAUGACUGAAAACUUCCGGCCUGCUCAGCUCCUGAAUGGGCGCAAGGUGUACUGGUCCAGUGCCAGCAUGCUCCUGCCUGCUGCUAAGGUUUUAAUGUUGGUCCUGAUGCUUACGUACAUCCUGAGUUCUCUUUCCCAAUGA